UUUCUUGGCAAACACGAUAACACCUCAGGAUUGACGGAUGCUUUGAGGCUAUUACAGGAAAGUGGUGAAACUGCAGUUUCUGAUUCUUGUUCUGCUUUCAGCUUCCCAGACAGUUUGCUAACAUUCAAACAACUCCAAUCAGCAAAGACACAAAUCAAAGUUAUUUAAAGGGCUGUUUCUCUGGACUGCGAUACGACAAAAUGGCGACUCGACCUCAUCACCUACUGUCAGCCACAGUUGUUCUUGGCGUCGUUCGGCUCAUGUGCGGCUACAGCUUUCACAACUGCAUUGAGGAUCUGUACUCAAACCGACAAAGCUUCCAUUGCAUCCAUCGAAAGGAGACGGACAUGUUUGCGUACACGCGUGACCUGCCGCUGUCUGCUGUCAAUGUCACAAUCUCAAAUACUUAUUUGCGGCACAUUCCCAAGGACAGCUUUGCUCAUCUGCCAAACCUUCAGAACCUCAAAAUGGAUCAUAACUUCUUGAGCCGCAUCGAUCGGUUCGCUUUCCAAAACUUGCAUCAGCUUAAGUUUCUAAAUUUGUCCUUUAACAACAUAUCAGAACUCAACUGUUUCGUGUUUGAGGACCUGCACAACCUCACCUUCCUCUCACUGACAAAAAAUAAAUUAAAGCAGCUCCCUGAGGGCAUUUUCUCUACUCUUCUCAAUCUGGACACUUUAAUCAUGAGGCAAAACGUCAUGACAAAUUUCACAGGGAUCGCAAAGUCUGUGUCACAUCUAACAAAUCUGAGGAUACUCGACCUUUGCUUUAACCAUUUGACUUCUCUCAGUCACUCAAAUGAGUCGCUGCCCAAAUCUCUGACUGUGCUGUAUUUGUGUAGAAAUGAUCUGUAUACAUUAGGAUGUAAACAUUCAUUUCUCAGGUAUAUCAACCUGCUGGAUUUGUCGUACAACUCUAAGCUUCCUGCGAUGGCUUUUGCAGGAGUGGACUUGAGACAUGUGAAUUAUCUGCGUUUGCGUUCAACAAGUGUCAAGGUAGCAGAGUUUUUGAACAUCAGCAAUGUGAAUGCAGGUCACAUUGAUUUCUCUGGCAUGGGUAUUAAGAACAACAUGCUCAUUGAACUGUGCAGGUUGUUGAAGAGAAAGCUGAAAGUUAUCAAAAAUUUGAGGUUGAGCAACAAUGGAAUUGAAAUGCUAACAAACAAAACGCUGCGCCACUGUCCAAAAAUCACAGGGACUCUGGAGCUGUCACGCAACAAUCUGCAGCAUUCAAUUUGUCUCAACUUUCUCAGUGGACAAAAUCAGGUAAAUAGGUUAGAUGCAGAACAUAAUCAUCUCACCUCAAUCCCCUCCUGUAAACAAAAGAAUGCAGUUUAUUUGAAAAAUCUGGAAGAGCUGAGCUACCGUUACAAUCGCAUCCUCACGGUUUCACGUGACGCUUUCUAUCACACACCGAAUAUAAAGACGCUAAAACUCAACAUAAACAAUAUUGCUUUUCUCCACCGUAAAGCUCUCAAAGGCCUAAAACAGCUCGUGACGCUCCGUUUGGACAAUAACCUCCUAACCGAUUUGUUCAACGACACAUUUGAGGAUAAUUUCAACCUGCAAGUCCUUAACCUGCGCAAAAAUCGCAUCUCUGUUAUUUUUAACGGGACCUUCCGCAGUCUCGGAAAUUUGACUACAUUGGACUUUGGAGGCAAUAAGAUUACUCAUUUUCAGCCAUCUGGCCUUGAUGGGUUAAAAAGUCUGUCCAAGCUCUAUCUAGAUGGAAACAACCUCAAACAGAUUGACAGUUCUCUUUAUCGUUGCUUUCAAGAUACGCUCACAACUCUGGAUUUACAAAGUAAUCAGAUUCACUUCCACAAAGAAAAGAUCAGUUCACCAUUUCUGAAUCUCACUAAACUCAGGGACCUCAAACUGGAUGGGCAGAGACCUCACGGCCUCAUAGUUUUACCACGAACGUUCUUCCGCGGCCUCCACUCACUGCAAUCUUUGUAUCUCACCAAUAACAACAUCGGUUAUCUCGCUCCUGACGUAUUUGAUGACCUGACAAGCUUACGUUUCCUCACACUGGAUAACUGCUGCGUUGGGGUCACACAGCUAAAACCAGGUGUUUUCAAAAAUCUACAGAACUUGACCAAAUUGAUUGUAGAAAAUAUGGGCAUUCAGAACUUCUCAAAAAAAGUUUUUGGAAAUCUUACACAGCUGCAUACGCUGCAGCUCAACCGCAACGUGAUGCAGAGCAUUCCUGCAGACGCGCUCGAGAGUCUACCUAAACUCCGCUACCUUGACAUACGUGAUAUUCCUUUAAGCUGCACCUGCGAGAACACCUUGUUGCAAAACUACACGCUGCAUAACCCAAAUGUUCAGGUCGUUUAUCUGUACAAUAUGACGUGCCAGUCCGAUUCGAAAUUCAAAUUCUACAACUUUGAUACAAAUGUUUGUUACUUGGAUUUAGGGCAGUACCUGUUCUUUAGCACAGCGGUUGUGAUUUUCCUGUUUACAGUCACUCCUUUGCUUUAUGUUAAGCUCUACUGGAAGAUGAAGUACAGCUACUAUGUGUUCCGUUCCUGGUUUAGCGAGCAGUGGAGCAGGCUGAGAGAGAAGGAGGAAAAAUGCAAAUAUGAUGCAUUUAUUUCCUAUAAUUCUUUCGAUGAACAAUGGGUCAUGGAGCAGCUGAUGCCCAACCUGGAGGGAAAUGGGUCGAAUUUUAAACUGUGCCUACAUCACCGGGACUUUGAGUUGGGCCGCGACAUUGUGGACAACAUCGUCACUGCUGUGUAUAGCAGCCGUAAAACUAUUUGUGUGGUGAGCAGGAAGUUCCUACAAAGUGAGUGGUGCUCUCUGGAAAUCCAACUCGCCAGCUACAGACUCUUCGAUGAGCAUCGGGACGUUCUACUGCUCGUCUUUCUGGAGCCACUGUCCGAGAGGCAGCUGUCAUCCUAUCACCGCAUGAGGAAAAUCAUGCUAAAAAAGACUUACCUGCAGUGGCCCGGGUCUGACUGUACGGACCCGAUCCAGGCCCAAGACCUGUUUUGGAAUCAGCUACGGAGGGCAAUUAGAACAGGGAGCACGCUGGUAACAGAAGAAAAUGGUUGUGUUGCUCCUGAAAAGGAAAAAAGUGAACAUGUAGAGAAACACACAACAGAUAAAUACUAUUUGCAACCUUAACAAGACAAGGAGACUUUUAUUUGGGGUGUUGAUCAAAAUCAUCCUGUCAGUAUGUUGGUAAUUCAGUUUUUUGCUGGGGGAGACAAGACCUUGAAAAUAUGUUAUGAAUGCACAGUGCAAUGCAUCACAGGGCCAACAAUGGCAUCUUUUAUAAAGACAUGACUCCACAAUGUAGUUUAAGAUCUUGUGAUCUGUGAAGUUAUAUAUUUAGCAAAAUGAAUUUUCUUGCAUGUAAAUACUGCCCACACGCACAAAAACAAAACAAAAAUAAAUCUCUAACAGCUUUAACAAUAGCACAUUUUCAGCUAAAAUUCUUGCUCUGCAGAGAACAUUUAAUUACAGCAUCUGUGCUAUCAAUGUACACUUCUGUAUAAUAAAAAAUGCUUCAAAUAUGCAAGUUA